UGUCACCCUGCAGGGCAGCCGGGCUCCUCGGUGUUCGGACAGGAUGGGCCUCCUGCUACUGCUCACCUCCUCGCUCCUCUGCAGCUGGGGACCAGCGAGUGCGGAUCCAUACUUCCGUAUCUCAUCUGUGACCCUGUCCGUCAAGCCCGGGCCCGAGGUGCGGCGAAACACCAACGUGACUCUGAGAUGUCAGGCGAAGGUGAUCGCCUCUGAGCAGGAGGCGCUGAGUCGUGAGUACAUCAUCUACAAGGACGAGCAGGUGGUCUACAAGAAGGCCACCGACUCCCCUGAGGACUUCCUGUACCACCUGCCCGAGGCCAGAGUGUCCAACAACGGCAAGUACAAGUGCAGGAUUAAGAUCCGGGAGCAAGAGGUGACCAGUGACGUUCAAAAACUCACAGUGACAGGCCUGUCGCUGCCCGUUCUCCACCUCAACAGAAGCGUUGUCACCGAGGGCGACGACGUCACGGCCACGUGCUCGGCGCCGGGUGAGACGGGUUCCUUUUAUUUCCACUUUUUCGACAACUCCGGAGAGCUCCGCGAGGAGCGCGUGAGCUCCAACCGGGCAGAGGCGAAGCUUCGCCUGAAAACGGUGGGCGGACACAGGAUUCACUGCAACUACACGGUGGUCCUCAUGCCCAAGUCCGUGGACUCGGAGAACAGCAACACGGUCAACGUUUCGGUCAAAAAACUCUCCAUCACGCCGGUUCUGGAGAUUUUUCCUCUGGAUGACGUUUACGAAGGAGAUGAUCUCACCAUCAGGUGCUCGUUUGUGGCGUCUGAGCAGAGCUUUAAGAAAGUGAGUCUCAUCCUGAGUCAGGGCACCAAACUGCUCAGCAGCAGGAACACGUCUACGGUCAUCGAGCACAACAUGAUGGCAGAAGCAACAGCCCCGGCGCUUACGUUUGAGUGCACGCUGAUUGUGGAAAAUGUUGUAAAAGUGGCCACGCAGAACAUCUCCGUGAUCGACCUCUUCUCAAUCCCGACCCUCAUCAUGUCUCCUACCGAAGUCUUUCAAGAUGAACCGAUGUUGCUAACCUGCAGAAGUGAGAGGGUAGCCGCCGGGAGACUGAACAGAAACGAUCUGACUUACACUCUUGAUCCGGCCGAGCACUUCGUUACAACAACGAGAGCUGGAGAGUUUUCUCGCACGGCCAUGAAAACUGACUUCACGUAUACGUGUACAGCCGAGGCGAAAGGCAUCAAGAAGCGCAGCGAAGCCCUGACUGUUCGUCCUAAAGUUCACGUCUCAGUUCCAGAUAUCUGGGUUUCUGACCGAGUGAUCUUGGGAAAGCCUGUUUACAUCUACUGUGAGUCCAAAACAGGAAGCCUUCCCAUCACCUACACCCUUUGGAAAGGAAUCGACAAAAUAAACACCUUCAGCGCCAACAUGAUCAGGCAACAAGCUUAUUUUCCAGUCACUUUCAACCACACUGAAGAAACCAGCAUGUACAGGUGUGAGGCGAGUAAUGGCGGCAGGAAGAACCAGCAAAGUGCCAAACUGAACACGUCUGUCAUAGAACCUGUGGCCGAAGCAGACCUGCUGGUCGUCCCUGACCUUGCAGACAUCUCUGAGGGAAAUGAUCUCCACCUCAUAUGUAGUGUGAAAGGCACGCCGCCCAUCACGUUCUGGUGGUACCGUGUUGGGAACAGAGAGCCACUGAAAAUCGCCACCUUAGAUGAAAACUACGCAGACUAUCAUUUCACCGUGUCGUCCAAAGAGCAGAGUGGAGCGUACUACUGUGUGAUGGAGAACCGAGCCAACAACAAGGUCGAAAGUAAUCAAGUGAACAUAGAAGUCCGCAUGGCGUUGUGGAAGAAAGCUCUGAUCGGGGGCUUCCUGCUGCUGGUGGCCUCCAUUCUGGUCCUGGUGGGCUGCGUGCUUUACUUCAAAAGCAAGAGAGGGCCGGUGGCUGGAGCUGUGGAGAGUGUGUGGACUCACAGAAAACCUGAAUCAGAAAUCGACGAGUUCAGCACCGUGUCCAACGAACCUGAAGUGGAGUACACCGAGGUGGUCCAUCCUCGAGCAGCAGACCCAACCAGAGUGGUGCCGCCGAGGAAAGGGACGGACACGGUUUACAGCGAGCUGCAGAACUCUCCCCAUGGUGCUGCUGAGCAUCAUGACUACGGUUCGGUGAAGUACGCCGAGCUGAACGGUGAGCACCCCGAGCUCAGUCAGAACCACUCAGAAGGCCACAACUACUCGGACCUGCCGGUGCCGGUGGAUUAA